CCCCUUACGCAACAGUGCUUUGUCUAAGUCUCUGUGAAGCACAUGCUCCAGAAGUAGAGGUGUUCUGCUCUGGCUGUAUUGUACUAUCGUCUCCCGUGUCUCUGCUCCAUCUCUCGAAUCUUUCACUAUGUCUGUCCAGCUGGUCGUAGCUCUCCUAGCUCUAGCUUCUCUGAAUGCUGCAUCUGCACCGCUCUGUAAAGAACUGGUCAAACCCCUGGUACUGGAGGACCAUACUGAGAUCUAUGGUAAAUGGGUGUAUGUGAUGGGGUCUACGGAUCAUUCAGUCUUCCAAAAAGCUUUGGGGACUCUGAAAAGCUCCUGGAUAGACCUGUCGGCUACAUCUGACCAACAAGUAGUCACACUACGUUGGGGAGACCGCAUUGAUGGCAAAUGCGUUGUGGGUGCAACAAAUGCUACCAUCUCCGGCACCACCUCCACAGUUCACAUUCAUUUGUCUGAACACAAAGGUCAGUACCUGGAGACCUGCCAUGACUGCCUGCUAUGGUCAGACACCUCUCGUAAUGGAGACAUCACUGGCAGAUACCUACUCCUGUUUACAAGGUCAGGGAAAAUGGAUCCCACAUACCUGGACACCUAUAAGAACCAGGCAGAGUGCCUGAACUUCCCAGAGACACACCACACCUAUGAUGGAGAAACAGAGCUGUGCCCUGAUGACAACGAGAAGAUGGUGGAUGAGGAUACUAUGGAAGAGAAGCCGACUACAGAGGAAGAGAAGACUAUAGUGGAGGAGGCGACUACGGAGGAGAAGCCGACUACAGAGGAAGAGAAGCACUAUGGAGAAGAAUCCGACUACAGAGGAAGAGAAGACUACAGAGAAGAAUCCGACUACAGAGGAAGAGAAGACUACGGAGAAGAAUCCGACUACGGAGAAGAAUCCGACUACAGAGGAAGAGAAGACUACGGAGAAGAAUCCGACUACAGAGGAAGAGAAGACUACGGAGAAGAAUCCGACUACAGAGGAAGAGAAGACUACGGAGAAGAAUCCGACUACAGAGGAAGAGAAGACUACAGAGAAGAAUCCGACUACAGAGGAAGAGAAGACUACGGAGAAGAAUCCGACUACGGAGAAGAAUCCGACUACAGAGGAAGAGAAGACUAUGGAUUGAGCAAAACAACCAGAUCCUCACUAUUGUGCCCAACAUCUCUUUAG